UCGGUUCGGUUCGGUUCAGACGUCGUCGACGACGGACCGCCGCCGCCGCCGUCGCCGCCGUUCGCCUAGGCCGCUGAAACCCCCUUCCUCGGGUCAGAUCUUGAUCGAGCUGUCGAUCGAUGACGGGCUUCCGGUUGUCCGACGUGCCGGAACCGACGGAAAGCUGGCCAGGAACGGAGUGAUCGUCGAGCUCGGCUCGACGUGGAAGAGGAGGAACGACCAUGGGCAACGCUACCACGAAGAACCACUACUCGAAGAGCAGCCUGGUCGUCGGCGGCGCCUCCAGAAGACCGCGCUGGGAGGGAUCAGGUCUUCCAGCUCCGCCGGGGAAGCCGAUUUUAAUACCGGGAGCGGACGAAUCGCAGCCCGAGGUGGUUGCCAUUCGUUGGGAGAGGUCACCGAGUAACGGUGGCUCGGCCAUCGUCGGAUAUCUCGUCGAGCACAGACGGCUCGGGUCGCAGCACUGGGUGCGCAGCGCGCCAGGGUUAUGCACCUUUCCGGAGCUGACCUUGAGCGGCCUCGAGCCUGGAUGGCGCUACCAAUUCAGGAUCAGGGCGCAGAACGCCGUGGGUCUCUCGCGGCCCAGCGAGAUCUCCGAUCCGUUGACUGUCACCUUGCAGAGGUCCGCCGCGUCCCCGCCCGGCUUCGACCUUGAGCUCAAGGACACGACCGUCCUCGAAAAUGACCAGGCCGAAUUCGUGGUGCGAUACACCGGCUCACCCCUGCCGAAGAUCUCGUGGUUCAAAGACGGCUUCGAGAUCUUCAGCAGCAGGCGAACUAGGAUCAUCACGGACAGCGGGCGAAGUGUUCUCUUGAUCCAUCAAACAGCCCUGAAUGACGAGGGCGAAAUCAAGUGCACGGCCACCAACAGAGCCGGCCACACUAGUACCAAAGCUAGACUGAUGCUCGAAGCGCCACCAAAAAUCCGGCUCCCGCGACAAUACGAGGACGGGCUGCUUUUCGAACAGGACGAGACUAUCAGAUUGAAGGUGACGAUGGCUGGACGACCCCCGCCCUCCGUGAUGUGGUAUCACGACGGCGAAUUGAUAUCGGAUGACAGCAGACACGUCUUCGAGACGAUGGACAUCGAGGCGAUUCUAAAGAUACCGGAUGCCAAGCGCAUCGACAGGGGAGAGUACACGGUCAAAGCCAUAAAUAAACUUGGGGAGGACAUAUCUUCAUUUCUAGUUACAGUCACAGACCGACCGGCCGCGCCUGGGAAAGCUAUGGUCACCAUGACACUGGGCAGGUCGGUGACACUGUCUUGGCAGGAACCAGAGGACGACGGUGGUUGCAAAAUAGGAACGUAUAUCGUCGAGUAUUACAGGAUUGGCUGGGACGUUUGGUUGAAGGCGACCACCAGUAGACAGACCAAGGCGACCUUGUCGGAGCUGAUCGAGGGAUCGGAGUAUAAAUUUCGGGUGAAGGCUGAGAAUCCUUAUGGCAUGAGCGAGCCUAGCGAAGAAAGCGAUGUGAUCUUCAUUCCAGAUUUAAAGAGAGGUAUAGUGACACCUUCCAUGGGCGGGAAGUCGCAGAGCCACCGUGAAAUCCGAUCGCGGGAGAAGCGCGAGGUGAGCUUUGCCAUGCCGACUCAAAGAACGAGAAGCCUGACGCGGGAAGAGGGCCGGGGCAGGGACGAGGAGGACGAGGGACGUUUCGGGCCCAACAGCCGGUCCGUGUCGGCUCAAAGACUCAGCAGACCGUCCAGAGCGGACAGCAGAGUCACAUUCGCUAUGGACACGUUGGACAAGUCGGAGCCGCCGGUGCCCCCUGCCAGAUCGAGGGAUCAUUCCAAUACAAAGCACGACAGCCGAUCCGAGAUUUACGCGGAUCGCUCGAGUAUCGGCGCGAACGUAACGAAUACCGAGAUUACAAAUCAAGUAAAGGAUACUGUAGCAACCGUAACAUCCCCCGUCGCCGUGCCAGCGUCGCCGCCCCCCGAGGAGGAGUCCGCCAGACGAUCCACGUACCGGGAGUCUCGAUCGCGAUCGACUUCCGUAUCGAGGGAGCGCAGCAUGUCCCCUUUGUCGAUGCAGCAAAUUCCAGAGGAGGAGAGUCCGGCAGCGUCCACGCCUCCUCUUCGUCACUCGGUCAGCUUGACCUUGAGGAAGCAGCAGGCGAUCGUCGACGAACCGGAGCCACCACCGUUCGCGAAGAGUCACUCGUUGGACGACAAGCCGGGCUCACCGACAACCCCGAGAGAGGACGACGAAAGCGCGCUGCACGGAAGCUCGGAGUUUAUGCUGGUUCUGUACCCCGACGACCAAGACAAGAAACUUCUGGACGUCGUCGUCGGUUCGUCGAAGACUUCGGAAGGAAGACAAGCAGGGGCAGACGAAGGGGACGAGAUGGACGACCUGAUCCCUCCGCCAAUGUCGCUAUCCUUGCCGGAGCUGUUCAGCCAGGAGCACCAAGUGGUAGAGACGCUUCGGGAAGCGGUGAGCUCGACGGAGCUUCUGCACGAGCGAGCAAUGGAGCGGUUCUACCGCGCGGUGGCAGCGGAAGAGGCGUCGGAGCAGGCGAAACGUAGGACGCGGGUGGAGCGGAGGACCGGUGAGCUUGCGUCGGUGGCGGAGGGGGGCGGUACGGGAGGGGACGUGGAGGCGCAGGACCCGCGGCGCUCUACGGUGCUGCGCAGACUGUCGAACCCGGGCGUAACUGCGCAGAACCUGAUCAGCUGGCAGGCGAAGAAGAACCGUCGGCGGUCGAGCGAGGGCCAGCCGGAGGUGCUGAAGUCGCCGUCGAGGCUGACGGCGCCGACCGUCUUGCCGGACAUAGAGGCCAGAUCGGAUCCGAACUUGCCGAGCGACGCGGAUCCGUCGGCCGGCGUCUGGGGGUUGGACAAGGAGGCGGAGGCGGCGACGCGGCUGCGCAGGUGGCACGAUGCGAACGUGCCACUGGUUCCGGAGGGGGAAGAGGAGGAGGAGGAUAAGGCGGCGAGAUCGAUGCCGUGGCAGGCGGAGGCGAGCGAGGGCGGCUCGCGCAGCCAAGGGGUGGUUUCGGCGACUGAACCGGCGACGCCGGCGGUUCAGCCGGAGCCUAGAGAGCAGGAGGAGCAAGAGGACGAUGAAGAGGAAGAGGAAGAGAGCAUCGAGACAUCGGAGGAGUCGUCGGAGGAAGGCAGCAGCGAGGACAGCGAGGACCUGAAGCUGCUCAAGGCGAGGAUCCUGGCGAGACAAGUCCUUGAAGAGGAGGACACGUACCAUCCUCGAGGCAGACCGGUCCAGCACAUGGACCUGGAGCCUCUCGCGAUUCACGCGCACAAGAUCCCCACCCUGGACGUGACUCCGCCCACGCCGACCUCGCCAGGACCCGCGUCGCCCACCAACCUGGUCCCGAAGUCGAUCCUGAAGAAGCCAAAAGAGGAGCAGCCGAUCUCGGUGAACAGCUUCGGCAGGUCGAUCCCGCCGGAGAAGCCCGUCCGAAAGGUGCCUCCGGUGCAAUCCGUGCACCCCGUGGUCACCAGGGAUGAGGAGGUCAACGAGCCGCAGACGAUGAAGCCGCCGGCUUUGUCGGAGUCCGACACAGACAGCAUGAUGUCGGCCGGCGAGGCGGCGAAGACGCGCAGGAUCCAGGCGAAGAUGCGGUCGGCCGCCUCCGAGGAGGAGAUCGACGAGGAGGACGUCGAGGCGCGGAUGGCGGUCGUGAAUCACUAUACCGAGAUCGUCAGGGAGCACUCAAGCCGUUAUAGUUACCGGGGCUCGGAGGAGCGGAGGUUCAGCGACGGCCUCGCCGGCUCGCGAAGGUCAUCCUACUCAGAAGAGCAGGGCAAUUUAGGGCGGGAUCGUGGCGAGAACGUUGUGACGAAGAAGCAGGACGUUAGAGAGACGGAGAAGCAGCGGGCUGCGGUGAGGAGGGAGAGCAAGGUCGACGGGGCGAGGCAGGAAGAGCUCCGGAAGCCGAGAAGGAGCGCCGGUUCCCGCGGGACCACCCCGGCGAGGGAUACAAAGUCUGGCAAGGAGCUCGUCAGGGACUCCGUCAGGGACUCCGCGAAGGACGCGCGAGCCUCCAGAGCAUCGAGCAGGACCCAGUCGCCCGCCUCGAGGUCCAGGAACGCGUCGUCCGAGAGAGGCGGCGGGUCUUCAAGGUCCUCUUCGAAGACCAGGGCCCGCGGCGCCUCUCAGGACAGGCGACCCGUCUCGCGGACCGGGUCCGAGGACCAACGACUGGUCAGAGAGAGGUCCGUGGACGACGAGGCUCGCAGGUCGAGGAAGCCUUCGCACUCCAGGUCCAGUUCCAGGGACAGGAGCAGGAGCAGGAAGGAGACACCGGUGAAGACGAAGAUGGAGCGGCUGCAGAAGGCGCUGGAGAGCAAGAAGUACCGCGGAUCCAGGCGCGGAUCUGGCGUCGAAAGGGACCUGGUCCAGGGCCGGCCGAACGGCGAACAGCUGGCCAUCGAGGCGCAGAAGAACGUCAGGUUCACCGUCGGCUAUGUCACCGAUCUGAUCCUCCUGAUGGCCGCCGUCUACGUUUAUCUGUUCAAGAAGGAGACCCUCGCGAUACCGUUCAUCGCGCUGCUUUUGUACAGGUGGAUCCAGCACGAGAUUAGGGGGCGAGUCUCGCGCGGAUGAGGACCACCGCAAUGGCUGGAGCCGGACCAGGUGCUCUCGGUUCAGGGACGCACCGGCGUGGACCUCGUCGCCGAGCCAAAGCUACGCUGGACCGACGUCUUCGACGAGCUACGAUUCGAACUAAAACGCAAUGAUGUGCCGAUACCAUCCGAUCGAUACCGGAUUCAAAUGAGAGGCAAUGUCGUCCAAUUGACCUUGAAACAAUCCCAGAAAGAAGAUACCGGCCACUACGCUUUAGUGGCGACGAGGGUCGGCCAAGGGUUGGACAAGGGGUCCUCGAAGAAGAUUCACCUGAGCAUCGAGGACUCGAUCACCGAGGAAGGCGAUCCGCCGAUCUUCCUCCGCAGAUUAACCGAUCUAGCGGUCAAGGUCGGCACGAGGACCAGGUUUCUCGUAGAGAUUCGAAGUUCAACCACGCCGAAGAUCACUUGGCACCGAAAUGCCGAAGCGGUGCACGCGGGUGCGAGAUUCUCUUUCGUCCACGAGGGGAACUUCUACUGUGUGGAUGUGGCACCGGUCACGGUCGAGGACGAAGGAUUCUGGUCCUGUAUGGCGGAGAACCGAGACGGGAGGUCCUCUUGCACGUCGAAGUUGACGGUGAUCGUCCCGAAAGCUUACAAGCGGCCAGAAUUCGUCGAAGAACUGCGUGCUCUGCUGACAGAGGCCGGCACGGUGUCCCUAGAGUGCAAAGUUGUCGGAGUUCCUACACCCGUGCUCCGUUGGUUCAAAGAUGACAAAGAAAUCAAAGCCGGCGACGUCUUUGCCUUAACCGCCAACCCUGACGACUCAACCUCCCUCGGCAUUUACACCUGCGAAGCUGUCAACUGCAUGGGAACCGCGUAUUCCUCCUCGAAAGUACACGUAGUUGGGAAAGGUAGCAGAGAAGGUUCUCUGAAGCCAGCGGAUUCCUUGACGCUCUCCAGUCCACUUCCUGUAUUCAAGCAGAUCCUGCAGGACGAAUGUUGCAGAAUCGGGGAAACUCUGCGUCUUUCUUGUCAAGUGGAAGUACCGCCAUGGCCAAAAGCGAUAACAUGGUACAACAAGGAAGGACGUAUCGAGCCCAGCGACAAGUACCACGUGAUGGAAGACGGCCUCGGCGGAUAUUGCGUAGAAGUAUAUCCGGUAGAAGCCAUGGACGAGGGCGAAUGGAAAUGUGUCGCAACGAACGCGGAAGAUAUGAAACAAUUUACUACUUGCUAUGUCGCAAUGUCCAUUCCAAAGAACUAUAGGAAACCUCGCUUCAUGGAAAGCCUGAAAGCUGUCCUCACGGAAGAGGGAUUGGUGUCCUUCGAGUGCAAGGUCGUCGGUUUCCCGACGCCAUUGCUCAGGUGGUUCAAAGAUGGCCAGGAAUUGAAACCGGGAGAUGUUUAUCAACUGACUGGAACCAACUCAUUGGGUUCCUACUGCUGCAUUGCGAGAAACUGUAUGGGAGAGGCAAAGAGUACAGCCGAAUUAACGAUCGAAGAUAUUCAGAAUCAAUUGAACGAAGAAGAACGUCUGCAGCUUCUGAGCACGAAUCAGCCGCCCACGUUCGUCAAGGGCCUCAGAAGCUGCGAGGCAAGAAUCAACGAAGAUUUCCGAUUCACUAUCCAAGCCAGUGUUGCGCCCGAGCCAAGCCUCUCUUGGUACAGGGACGACGUUCUGGUGGAAGAAAGCGAAAAAUACCACGCUGCCAAGGAGAAUCUUGGCACGUGCCACCUCGAUGUACGAAGGCUCGAAUUCGUGGAUCAAGCAGAGUGGAAGUGCGUGGCUUCCAAUGAUUUCGGCCAUAGUGUCACAUCCUGUUUCCUCAAACUAAUCAUUCCCAAGCACUUCAAGAAACCGAAGUUCCUUGAAAGUUUGCGCGCCAUAUUGUCGGAUGAGGGCGCGGUGAAUUUAGAGUGCAAAGUGAUCGGUGUGCCGCAACCGAUCCUGAAAUGGUACAAAGAUGGCGUCGAGCUUAAGCCGGGAGACAUACACAGAAUCAUUUCCGGGCAAGACGGGACAUGCUGCUUAGGAACGUACACGUGCGAGGCCAGCAACUGCAUGGGCUCCGUCAGCAGUUCCGCGUCGCUUUUAGGUUUUGAAGAUAAAUUACCGGCACAAAAAGAAGCGAAAGAGGCUCAGUCGCCGAACGGCCACGAGCUUGCCAGAAACCUGUCGCUGUCGACGAUACACGAAGAAAGAACCUCUCAACUAUACGAUACGCCGCAAACCGAUCACUCGGUGACGCUGGACGAUCGCGGGGAAGUAUCCUUCAGCUUCGACGGGAAAGAAGUUUCCGUCAGCCUCUACGAGACACCGGAUCUGACCGAAGAAGAAGCCCUUCAGAUCGUCGAGAUGUACGCCGAUCAAUUGUCUGAACAUGUUACAGAACACAACGUGAUCGAGCUGCCGCCGAUGAGGUUCGUGAAGGAGUCCUCGACCUCCGGCAACCUGUUGAUGGAGGCGGUGGUGAUCGACGUGUCGCCGGACUACUUCGUGAGCGCGGAGGACGGCGACGACCUGCGCACGGAGGCCGACUUCGAGGACGUCUCGAUCCUGGACGACAUAACGCGAGUACUGUCGUCGCCGGAGCGGGAUUCGCGCAGCUCCCUGAAGAGAUCCGCGCGGUACAGCCUGGAGGACGACGAGAAGCCGCCGAAGAGGCCGCCGAGGAAGAAGUCCAGCUCCUCCUCGAAGAGCGAGAAGAGCGAGAAGAGUCCGCGGAUAGAGUCGGAGAGCUUCCACAGCGCCCAGAGGGAGGAUAGAUCGUCCCCGGUGUCGCCGAUCUCGCCGGUGUCCUCCCUACGGCAGGACGACAGCGACACGUUCGCGGACGCGUUGUCGUCGGCCCGGUUGUCCAUCUCGGAGACGCAGGCGCAGAAGAUGUACGAGUACGCGGCGGACCGGAAACGUAGCCUGAGCGGCGACAAGACGGCCGGGUCGAGCAUAGACGACGGCAUAGGCGGGGACUCGUCGUUCGACUCGGUGACCGGGGCGCCGAAGAGGAAGCGUCACCGCAAGAAGAAGCACAAGAGGGAGAAGGGUAGCUCGGAGGAGUCGUCGCUGGGCAGCGAGCUGGACGGGAAGCAGCGGAGGCGAAGCGGAUCCGGCAGCGAGAAGACGGAGCUGCAGCAGCGAGUGGAGUCGAUCCUGAAGACGGAGGAGCCGUACAUCGAGGACGUGGCGGACAAGUCGUCGGAGAAGAAGCAGUCGACCAGCGAGUCGGACAAGUCGAUGUCGCGGAGCAACAAGGAGAGACUGUUGGACAAUAUGAAGAAGCUGAAGGAGCCGGUCCUGGUGGUCAGGGACACCCUGGUGGACAUCGACGCGUUGGACGCGCGGCUGAACACCGCGGACGAGGACACCUGCAAGCAGGUUGUGGCCGAGCGCGUGAUCCGGCCGAUUCAGAGCCUGUGCGAGGAGGUGUCCGGCAUCGAGACGAAAGCGCUGAAGAGCGCGGGAGACAGGUCCAUGGCGCAGACGAUCAGGAUCUCUCUGUUGGAAGCGAUCGGCGGGCCGACCGAGGAGCUGCUGCGCGGAAUGGAGCUGAUAGAGCGGCAGGAGAACGUGAAGAACAGGAAGACGGACGUGGUGGCGAUCCUGGAGAGCCUGACUGACCCCGUCGACGAGAUCCUGAUGGGCAUCACGAAGAUCGAGUACGAGAUGACCGGCGGGGCGAAGGGCGAGAAGCCGAUCGCGUUGAUCAGAAUGACCUCGGCGGUGUCCAGGCUAGAUGAGACCGUGAAGCGUGUCGCCGCGUUGGACAGCGGCGAGUCCAGGCUAACGUCGAGCAUCGAGGAGAUCCUGAACGUGCUGCAGUUCUUCGUGAACGACGUCCCGGUGGAUCCGGCCAAGGGCUCGAUAGAGACUGUGGACACCGUGGUGGUGGAGUCCCUGUCGAAGUCGAUAGACGACGUCACAAGGGUUCUGAGUCGCGCGACCAAGGCCGAGGGAGUCUCUAAAAUCGUGGACGAGUUUCUGCCGCCGGUGCGCGAGCUGAGGGCGAGACUGGACACCUUGAAGUCGGCGCUAGAGACCUACGAGUCGCGGGGGAUCCUGUCGGAGCACCGGACGAAGCUGAUCGAGUCGCUGCGGGAUUCGGUGGACCAGACCGUCGAGGAGAUCAACAGGGUGAAGGAGAGGAAGCCGGAGGCCGCCGAGGAGCCGAGACAGGACGUCUUGAAGGAGGCGAGGUUAACCCUGCAGGAGGCCCUGAAGUCGUACGAGAACGUCGCGGGCAGCCUGGAUCCUAGACUGUCCGCCAUCUUCGAUCGGGUCGACGAGAUCCACCGGCGUCUUCAGACGCCGCAGAAGAAGGAGACCAACCUGGAGACCUUGACCAGUUUAGAGGGUCCUCUGUACUCGCUCCAGUGCGCUCUGACCUCGGUUUCGAUCGCGGAACACGCGGACGCCGUCUUUAAGCUCCUGGAGCCGUCGGUGUCUCAGCUGAAGGCCGCGAUCCAGCGUCUGAACGACGGCUCGUUGCAGCCGGUGAUGGAGACCUUGAACGACAUCGGCAGAACGAUCCAGGUAGCCGGCAGCGAGGCCGAGGAGACGAUCUCCUCCAGGUCCGUUCCGGACGAGCCGCAGACCCUGACGGACCGGAUCCUCGAUCACCUGAUCGACGUGCAGUCGGCCUUGAGCGCGGCGCUCCAGGACGCCGAGGACGUCGACUCGGUGGCGAACGGCUCGGCGAGCGCGCAGAAGCUACUGGCCACCUCUGAGAUCGCUGCUUGCUUGGUGGAGCUCAGACAGUACGUGUCGGACAGCUCGCGGAUCGCGAUGACCUUGCGAGAGGACGAGACGCUGAGCAGCUUGGAAGACCUGAAGGAGCCGUUGCAGGACCUCGCGUCGGCUCUGGCGUCCGAGAAGCGGACGGUCCAGGAGCUCCGGGUGAUCCGCAAGAUACCGCAGUCGACGGAGAAGCUGAAGAGGGUGGUGAAGAAGGUGCUGCGGCACCCCGGGACCGAGGAGAGGACGAAGUCGAUGAACGACGUCCUGACGGCGAUCGAGGACAUCGACGGCCAGCUGCCGAAGACGAUAGCGAAGCUGUCGGAGAUCGAGGAGGCGCAGAAGCACUUCUUGGACCAUCUGGACGUGGACCGGAACCUCAGCAACGUGCACUUCGCUCUGUCCUCGGCGCUCGAGAAGCAGGAGAAGAGCUGCCCCGGCUACGCGUCGGAUAUGUCGCGCUGCGUCGAAGAGCUGCGGCAGCGCGUCGGCUCCGCGGCGGUGGAGAUCGGGAACUCGAAGAACCGCGUCGACGACGACGUUAUCCUGCAGCUGCACCUGCUAAAGGAGCCUCUGCUUACUUUGCAGAGGGUGCUGUUGACCCAGCAACACGACCCGGAAGAGGAGGAGAUCUUGCGGGGCCUGGUGGAUCCCGUGGAGAAGCUGACGAGCCUGGUCCGCAGCGUCAUGGACAGCGACGCGAACACCGACUCGGUUCUUCCGGUCCUGGAGCUGCUCGAGGAGCUCGAGAAGGACGCCCCGUUGAUCACCAAGGAGGCGACCAAGAGGAAGGAGCAGAAGGGCGCGACGGCUCGGAAAGAGGAGACGACUACGGCGAAGAAGAAGAAGAAGAAAAUGGGGUCGAUCGGGUUGGCGGACCGGAUCAGCAGAUCCCUGGACCCCGUGAAGCACUGGCUAUCGACCGCGUCCGAGGACAGCGUGAAGGAGGAGGAGGAGUCGGCGCUCUGCUCGACCAUCGACGAGCUGAAGAGGGACGUCAAUAGAAUCGCGAUCGAGACGUCGUACUCGGAGCCGCCCAGCGACGAGAACCUGAUCGAGGCUCUGAUAGAACUGCGGGAGCCGCUCGCCAGGCUGAAGAACGCGAUCUCGACGUACCACGAGCCGAGCAACUUGUCCACUUUGGAAGGUCUCGGCAGGCCGAUGCGGUAUCUUCUGCAGACGAUCAUGGAUGUCCUCCGGGAGCACGCCCACGAGGAGUCGCUGCGGCCGAUCGUGGAGAUCGUGGAGGACAUCGAGAACCAGAUCCCGAUCUCCAUCAAGGAGGCGCUGUACAAGAAGGAGCUCGGUGAGGUGGUCAAGUCGCUGGUCCAAGAAGAGAAGGAACUGACCGCGGCGCAGGAAACGGCGCAGGAGGAGACCCUGCCCCGGGACGGGAGGGAGGAGCUGACGUCCCAAGCGACGAUCCCCGAAGGCACCCUGAUGGAGACCUCGACCUCGGUGCUGCCGCAGACGGAGCUCACGGAGUCUCUGGUCGAGAAGACGUCGGUGGAAGAGAUCAGCUCGCAGAGAUCCGACCAAGUGGUCACGCAGAUCGAGGAAUACCGGAGAGAAGAGCUCGAGAAGAAGAAGAAGGUGAAGAAGAAAGAAGAAGUAGCGGAGCUGAUGGCUUCGCUGUCGGCGACCCUGGAGAACGUGCAAUUCGACGUGACCGGAAUCCUGGAAGAUUUCGAGGGGCCCACGACUGGCACCGCGACGCUGCCGCCAUCGGCCUUGGCCAGCUCCCUCGAAGACUUCCGGAGGACGGUUUCGACGAUGCGCGCGGCGAUCGGAAGCCAAGAGCAGCCUGCGUCCACCGAGGAAGCGGCCGCUCGGACCGUGUCCCUUCUGGACCCUCUUUUGCGGUCGCUGGGCAGCCUUGAAGACGCGCUCCUCGAGACUAGGCAAUACGGCAUCCAGGAGCUGUUCAUCUUGACGCACCUGGCGCAGCCUUUGGAAGCGAUCGAAAGGAGAGUGAUCGACCCUGCGACCAAGUUGGAUGGCGGAGCGGAGGUAGCGGAGCGAUGCGAGCCGGUCCGGCGAGUGCUGCGCGAGAUCAAGGACAGGAUCCCGGUAGCGAUAAAGGACGUGGAGUCGCGGCAGCAGCUCGUGGGGAGUCUCCGGGAGUUGGCGAAGCCGUUGGAGAACAUCCAGGAGCGCAUGGAGGUGCUGGAGACGCAGGCCGAGGAGACCUUGGAGGCCGACGUGGCGAGGAUCCUGCUGCGGCCGGUCCAGACGCUGUUGAACAGCAUCACCGCUGUUCAACAAGAGGUCCAUCAGUUGGACCGGCGCAGGGAGGUCGUCGUGGAGCUGCGGAGCCUCGCGGAGCCCCUGGUGGAGUUCUCUAGCUGCCUGUCCGUAGUGCAGAGCAGUCGCAAGAGCCUGGUGCCCGAGGCGGCGCUGCUGGACGAGCGGAGGAACGUCAUCCUGAAGGCGGCCGAAGGGCUGCAGCGACAGACCUUGAGCACCCUGGACAGAAUACCGAGCCUGGAGGGUGCCUCGAUGUUCGAGGAGCCGCUGAACUCGCUGAAGAACGCUAUAGUCUCUGUACAAAAGCAGAUCGGCAGAACCGACUACUCCAGACGACCGAGCAGCGCGCAGUUCACCCUGCAGUACAACCUGCACGCGUCCUUGGACCGGCUGAAGCAGACGAUCUCGGCCUUGGACGAGGCCACGGACGUGAAGGAGGUGGUCUCGAAGUCGCUGGGCGCCUUGCAGAAGCAGAUAUCCCUGUCGAAGACGCAGUUCAUCGAGACCAGCGAGCAGUCGGUCGACGAAGAGGCCAUCGUCGAGGGCUUCCUGUACCCGGCGAACAAGCUCCAGUCGGCGUUGAACACGCUCGUCGAGCGGCUCGGCCAGAAGACGAUCGCGUCGAUCUCCAAGGAGUCGAUGAGCCGUCUUCGGGGCCUGGCCAAGUCGACCUCAGACUUUGCUUCCUCGUUGCAGGCCCACCGGCUGCAUCUCCUCAGGGAAGGCGCCUCCGAGGGCUCCUCCUUCGUGGAGACGCUGGCCGCCGUCGCGGACGUUUUGGAAGGCGUGAACGAGUCCAUCGAGAGGAUCCAGCGGAUCGUCGGCGUCGAGACGGCGCCGGAGACGGCCGAGGAGCAGGCUCAAGGUGUGCCGAGGGACGCGCCGAUCACCAUCACGCAGAUCGAGACUAUAAUCGACGAGAUCAUCGAGGUAACCAAGGAAGAGAUCGAGAGCGUGCUGACAGUCGAGAGGCUGCCGCCUGAAGAGGAGGCGAGACGAACAGAGCCAAUACUUGAAGCUGGACUCGACGAGGCGAGACGAACAGAGCCAAUACUUGAAGCUAGACUCGACGAGGCGAGACUAGACGAAACGGUCGAGAGAACGCUGAAAGUGGAACACGAAGGGAGAGUCGAGGAUCGCUCAGAUAGCUCGGCGGAGGAGAAGAAGGUCGCGGAGAGGGUAUUAAAGGCGGCGGAGGAUGCCGGGAGGCGCGAAGAUGUGGUAAGAAAAGCCGAAGAAGCGGAAAGCCCGGCGAAGCGAAGGGAAGAGAAAUCGGAGGAAGACAGAGAGACGAAGGUACGAAAACUGGUUAAAUUGAUGUUCACGAUCGAGCAACCGUUCGCAGAACUAACUAAUCUCAUGUGCGUAGCCUUAGAGAAGCCAAUAGCUUCGAAAUCCGAGGAGGAGAAACGAAAGAUACGGGAAUUGACCGCGCUCAUCCAAAUCCUGAACGAUUUGAGAGCGACCACCGUGUCGAUCGAACGCGAUCUCUCACCCCCUUUGAUUCCAGAAUUAGAAGAACAGUUUCAGCGAGUGUCGGACGGUUUCGCCGGCCUCGAGCGGGCCGCCGAGAAAGUACUGGGCCUGGCCCAGAAGAAGGAGCUGACGCCGGCGCUGAAGGAGAACGUGAUGGUGUCGCUGCGGUUCCUGCUGGAGCCGCUUGAGACGCUGCAGCGGGACUUGUCCGGCUUCGAAGCGGCGUCCCCUUUCUCCGCGCAGCUGGGACAGCUGACCGAAACGAGCGGCGAGCUCGCGCGAGCGAUUCGCCGGACUACAGAGUCGAGGCGCGUGAAGAUCCUCGAGGAGAUCGGCGCGAGGCCGCCGUCGAAGGCCGAAGAGGAGAGCCAGGGCAUCGAAGACACCACCGCGAAGCCGCUGGAGGAACUCAUAGAGGCCAUGAUGGUGUCCCAGCAGCACAUCAAGCGGGACGACGCGUCCCCCUUCGGCUCCAUAUCGCCGUCGCUGGAGCCCGCGGACCUGUCCGAGCAGCAGAAGUCGAUCAGCGACGACGAGAUGAAGCUGGACAGCAACCUGGUGGAGAAGAUAGUCAGCCCGAUCCGGAAUCUGCGGGAGCUGCUGGCGAAGAUCGAGAAGCAGGAGAUGGAGGAGGCCGAGGCGCUGGAUCUGCCGAGCAGGCGGACAGCGACCGCCAUUCUGAACACCAUCAUCCACCCUCUGGAGGAGCUGGAGCAGUCGCUGAACGUCUCUGCGGAGCAACAGACCGCGGAGACCCGGCAAAGCGAGCACGAGAUGAGGAAGAGCCUGUCGCCGUUGCAGUCGGUGCCGGUCGGCGCCGUCCUGGAGGACCUGAGGAGGUCGAUCGCCAGCAUCCAGGACGAGGUGAUCAUGGAGGUGAUCGGCAAGAUGGCGGAGACCAGGAGCGAGGUCACGGCGGAGGAGGUCGAGAGGUCACUGGAGGACUUGAAGUUCUCCGUGGGCGCUGUUCAGAAGAUCGCGACGAUGGAGAGCGAGCACUCGGAGGAGUCGUUCGAAGGCGACCGGGCAGCCGUGGUGGAGACCUUCGUCAAGUCGGUGAAGGAACUCGGAGAGAAAUGCUUGGCGAUCGCUACCCUGCCCGCGACGAGAACGGCGUCAACCGAGAAGCUGCGUGGCGACGAGCUGCGGACGAUGGUCCGGAUCCUGAAGGAGAGCACGUGCGAGAUCGAAACGCGCCAAGAGGUCCAAGACCAAACUGGAAACGACGUGGUGGAAGCGCUGAAGCCGUUGGUGCAGCCGCUGGAGGAACUGGGACUGGCUCUGGCCUCGGCUGUGCAGCAAGUUAGCAACUUCGCUGCCGAGGCCAGCGAAGAAAGGAAGGACGAAGAGGAAGGUCUGCUCGUGGAGACGGUGAAGUUGACGCCGGUCUUGCAACAGUUGCAAAAGUCCAUCGCCGUCGUCGGGGAACAAGUCUCUGCCCGGAAAGCCGAAGCGUCGUCGGAGAAAGUUGAAGACUCUGUAGCCGAAGUCAUCGAAGCUCCGUUAGAACAGUUGCGAUCCGCCGUGGAAGCAGUCCAGAAGCUAGAACUAGAAGAGACAGCGGAACUCUCCGGCGAGCGGAAGGCGACGGCUCUGAAGGCGGUGGCGAGAUGCGUGCAGGAAAUCGGGAAAGUCUGCUCGACCGCGAGCAGUCGGCAAAGAAUCGAGGCGAGGCUUCUCGAACGGCCGCAGGUGGCUGAGAUGGAGCAGGUCCUGGAAACCAUUGCGAGUCCCAUUCAAAUUCUGAGAGAGUCUGUGUGCGAACUUGAAGCGCCAUCCGCCGAGGAAGCGGAGCGAUUCGAUCGGCCAGGCAGAGCAGCGGCGGAGGCGUUGAAGCCGUUGGUGCAGCCACUGGAAGAAUUGCAACGAGCUCUAAUCUCGGCUGUCCAACAGGUUUCCGCGGUUCCGACUUCCCAGAUGAAGGACACGGCUGCGGAAAAGACGCAGCUGGCGCCGGUGUUGGAAGAAUUGCAGAAGUCCAUCGCCGUCGUCGAGCAACAGGUCCUGGCCGAGGCGAAGAGAGCCGAAGUCUCGGCCGUGGAAGGCGAGAGCUCCGUCGCUCGGAUCAUAGAAGCUCCCUUACAAGAGCUGAAGUCCUCGGUGGAAGCUAUGCAGCGACUGGAACUGGAGGAAGCGAAGGAAGUGGCGACCGAGCAGAGGACGGUCGCGCUGAAAGCAGUCGCCAGGUGCGUCGAGGAGAUAGGAAAGGUUUGUUCGACCGCGACUAGUCGACGGAAAAUCGAGGUCAGCCUUGUCCAGCAGGCACAAGUAGCCGAGCUGACACAGAUCCUUGAAACAAUUUCCAGCCCGAUUCAAGCACUGAAGGCUACCAUGUCCGAAAUCGUCGCGCAGCCGCUAGAAGAAGCCGAAUCCUUGGAUCGGGCAGGUAAAGGAACCUUCGAAGCUCUGAAACCUUUGGUGCAGCCCCUGGAAGAGCUGGAGCAGGCGCUGGUGUCGGCUGUUCAUCAAGUCGUCGCACCAACGCCGGAGUCCCCGGAGAAAGCAAAGGAGAGCGAGAAGAUCCCAUUGACUCCGGCGUUGAAGAAGCUGCAGAAGUCCAUAACCAUGAUCGAAGAGCAGGUGUCGCUGCAGGCUAAGAGGGCUGAGACGUCUCUGGUCGAAGGCGAAGCUGCCUUAGCUCAGAUCAUAGAAGCUCCCUUGCAAGAACUAAAAUCUUCCGUGGAGUCGAUGCAGCGGCUAGAACUGGAAGAAGCGAAAGAGCUGACGUGCGAGGAGAAGACGGCUGCGUUGAAAACGGUCGCCAAGUGUGUGGAAGAAAUUGGAAAGAUAUGUUCUUCAGCCGCGGCUAGUCAAAGGACAGCAGAGAUCAGUCUUGUCGAACGACCGCAGGUGGCUGAGCUGACGCAGAUGCUCCAAACAAUUUCCAGCCCGAUUCAAGUACUGAAGGAGACCAUGUCUGAGAUCGAGACGCUGUCGACGGAGGAGGCAAAGCCUUUGGACGACACUGGGAAGGACAUAUUGGAGGCGCUGAAGCCACUGGUGCAUCCUCUGGAUGAAUUGCAGCAGGCGUUGACAUCGACUGUUCAGCGAGGCGAAGCGGCGACGUGGGAAUCCACGGACGAGACGAAGGACGGCGGUCGAGCCGCUGAAAAGGUGACCUUGGCGCCGGUGCUGGAGCAGCUGCGAAGGUCCGUCGCUGUGAUCGAGCAGCAGGUUUCUGCUAAGACGGCUCAAGUGUCCACGAUGGGAGCUAAGAGCUCGGUUGCCGAGAUCGUGGAGGCGCCGCUGCAAGAGUUGAAGACGUCCAUGGAAGCAAUUCAGGAAUUAAAGCUGGAAGAAACGCGGGAGCUGACGGCGGAGGAGAAGACGGAGGCUCUGGCGGCGGUUGCGAAAUGCGUGGAGCAAGUGGGGAAAGUAUGUUCUGUCGUGGCUAGCCAGCAGAAGGUCGAGGCGAGUCUUCAACAGUCGCAGGUGGCCGAGCAAGUCCUCGAAGCGAUGGCCAGUCCUCUUCGAAUUUUGAAGGAGUCCGUGUCGGAGAUCGAAGCGCGGCCGACCGAGGAAGCAGAACCUUUAGACAAGUCGGGCAAGGACGUAGUGGAAGCUCUGAAGCCACUGAUGCAUCCUCUGGAGGAACUGCAGCAGGCGCUGGCCUCGGCUGUCGAACAGGUCGGCGGGGUCGCGCUGAAAAGCGCAGGCGAGACGAAGGAAGGUGGCUUGCAGGUGGAGUCGGUCAAGUUGACUCCGGUCUUGGAAGAAUUGCAGAGGUCCAUCGCUGUGAUCGAGCAACAGGCGUCCGUGGAAGCUAAGAAAGCGGAGACGUCGGCGGUGAAAGCCGAGAGCUCCGUCGCGAAGAUGAUAGAAGCUCCGCUGGAGCAGCUGAAGUCCUCGGUCGAGGCGAUGCAGAAGCUGGAACUGGAAGAGGCCAAAGAGCUGACCAUCGAGCAGAAGACGACGGCUCUGAAGAUUCUCUCAAAAUGCGUCGAGGAGGUGGGGAAAGUGUGCUCGGCCGCGGCCAGUCGGCAGAAGGUCGAGGUCAGCCUGGUUCAGCAGCCGCAGGCAGCCGAGUUGACGCAGGUUCUCGAAACCCUGACGAGUCCCAUUCAACUAUUGAAAGAAGCUACGUCAGAAAUCGACGCGCGAUCGGCCGAAGAAGCCGAGUCGUUGGAUCGAUCCGGUAAAGAAGUGCUAGAGGCCCUGAAGCCGUUAGUGCAGCCUCUGGAAGGACUGGAGCAGGCUUUGACCACAGCCUUGGAGUCGGCCGGCGAAAUGAAGAAAGCUGAUGUGCAAGUUGAGACAGCGAAAUUGGCUCCUGUACUGGAAGAGCUACAGAAGUCGAUCGCUGUGGUCGAAGAACAGGUGUCGAUGGAAGCUAAGAAAGCUGAGAGCUCCGUCGCGAAGAUGAUAGAAGCUCCGCUGGAGGACCUGAAGACUUGCGUCGAAGCCGUGCAGAAGCUGGAAAUGGAGGAAACGAAAGCUCUGACCUCGGACGAGAAGACCCAGGCGCUGAAAGCUGUCGCGAAAUGCGUGGAACAGAUUGGUAAAGUGUGCUCUGCUGCAGGUACUCAGCAGAAGGUCGAGGUCAGCCUGGUUCAGCAGCCACAGGCAGCCGAGUUGACGCAGGUUCUCGAAACCCUGACGAGCCCCAUUCAACUAUUGAGAGAAGCUACGUCAGAAAUCGACGCGCGAUCGGCCGAAGAAGCCGAGUCGUUGGAUCGAUCCGGUAAAGAAGUGCUAGAGGCCCUGAAGCCGUUGGUGCAGCCUCUGGAAGGACUGGAGCAGGCUUUGACCACAGCCUUGGAGUCGGCCGGCGAGAUGAAGAAAGCUGAUGUGCAAGUUGAGACAGCGAAAUUGGCUCCUGUACUGGAAGAGCUACAGAAGUCGAUCGCUGUGGUCGAAGAACAGGUGUCGAUGGAAGCUAAGAAAGCUGAGAGCUCCGUCGCGAAGAUGAUAGAAGCUCCGCUGGAGGACCUGAAGACUUGCGUCGAAGCCGUGCAGAAGCUGGAAAUGGAGGAAACGAAAGCUCUGACCUCGGACGAGAAGACCCAGGCGCUGAAAGCUGUCGCGAAAUGCGUGGAACAGAUUGGUAAAGUGUGCUCUGCUGCAGGUACUCAGCAGAAGGUCGAGGUCAGCCUGGUUCAGCAGCCGCAGGCAGCCGAGUUGACGCAGGUUCUCGAAACCCUGACGAGUCCCAUUCAACUAUUGAAAGAAGCUACGUCAGAAAUCGACGCGCGAUCGGCCGAAGAAGCCGAGUCGUUGGAUCGAUCCGGUAAAGAAGUGCUAGAGGCCCUGAAGCCGUUGGUGCAGCCUCUGGAAGGACUGGAGCAGGCUUUGACCACAGCCUUGGAGUCGGCCGGCGAGAUGAAGAAAGCUGAUGUGCAAGUUGAGACAGCGAAAUUGGCUCCUGUACUGGAAGAGCUACAGAAGUCGAUCGCUGUGGUCGAAGAACAGGUGUCGAUGGAAGCUAAGAAAGCUGAGAGCUCCGUCGCGAAGAUGAUAGAAGCUCCGCUGGAGGACCUGAAGACUUGCGUCGAAGCCGUGCAGAAGCUGGAAAUGGAGGAAACGAAAGCUCUGACCUCGGACGAGAAGACCCAGGCGCUGAAAGCUGUCGCGAAAUGCGUGGAACAGAUUGGUAAAGUGUGCUCUGCUGCAGGUACUCAGCAGAAGGUCGAGGUCAGCCUGGUUCAGCAGCCGCAGGCAGCCGAGUUGACGCAGGUUCUCGAAACCCUGACGAGUCCCAUUCAACUAUUGAAAGAAGCUACGUCAGAAAUCGACGCGCGAUCGGCCGAAGAAGCCGAGUCGUUGGAUCGAUCCGGUAAAGAAGUGCUAGAGGCCCUGAAGCCGUUAGUGCAGCCUCUGGAAGGACUGGAGCAGGCUUUGACCACAGCCUUGGAGUCGGCCGGCGAAAUGAAGAAAGCUGAUGUGCAAGUUGAGACAGCGAAAUUGGCUCCUGUACUGGAAGAGCUACAGAAGUCGAUCGCUGUGGUCGAAGAACAGGUGUCGAUGGAAGCUAAGAAAGCUGAGAGCUCCGUCGCGAAGAUGAUAGAAGCUCCGCUGGAGGACCUGAAGACUUGCGUCGAAGCCGUGCAGAAGCUGGAAAUGGAGGAAACGAAAGCUCUGACCUCGGACGAGAAGACCCAGGCGCUGAAAGCUGUCGCGAAAUGCGUGGAACAGAUUGGUAAAGUGUGCUCUGCUGCAGGUACUCAGCAGAAGGUCGAGGUCAGCCUGGUUCAGCAGCCACAGGCAGCCGAGUUGACGCAGGUUCUCGAAACCCUGACGAGCCCCAUUCAACUAUUGAGAGAAGCUACGUCAGAAAUCGACGCGCGAUCGGCCGAAGAAGCCGAGUCGUUGGAUCGAUCCGGUAAAGAAGUGCUAGAGGCCCUGAAGCCGUUGGUGCAGCCUCUGGAAGGACUGGAGCAGGCUUUGACCACAGCCUUGGAGUCGGCCGGCGAGAUGAAGAAAGCUGAUGUGCAAGUUGAGACAGCGAAAUUGGCUCCUGUACUGGAAGAGCUACAGAAGUCGAUCGCUGUGGUCGAAGAACAGGUGUCGAUGGAAGCUAAGAAAGCUGAGAGCUCCGUCGCGAAGAUGAUAGAAGCUCCGCUGGAGGACCUGAAGACUUGCGUCGAAGCCGUGCAGAAGCUGGAAAUGGAGGAAACGAAAGCUCUGACCUCGGACGAGAAGACCCAGGCGCUGAAAGCUGUCGCGAAAUGCGUGGAACAGAUUGGUAAAGUGUGCUCUGCUGCAGGUACUCAGCAGAAGGUCGAGGUCAGCCUGGUUCAGCAGCCACAGGCAGCCGAGUUGACGCAGGUUCUCGAAACCCUGACGAGCCCCAUUCAACUAUUGAGAGAAGCUACGUCAGAAAUCGACGCGCGAUCGGCCGAAGAAGCCGAGUCGUUGGAUCGAUCCGGUAAAGAAGUGCUAGAGGCCCUGAAGCCGUUGGUGCAGCCUCUGGAAGGACUGGAGCAGGCUUUGACCACAGCCUUGGAGUCGGCCGGCGAGAUGAAGAAAGCUGAUGUGCAAGUUGAGACAGCGAAAUUGGCUCCUGUACUGGAAGAGCUACAGAAGUCGAUCGCUGUGGUCGAAGAACAGGUGUCGAUGGAAGCUAAGAAAGCUGAGAGCUCCGUCGCGAAGAUGAUAGAAGCUCCGCUGGAGGACCUGAAGACUUGCGUCGAAGCCGUGCAGAAGCUGGAAAUGGAGGAAACGAAAGCUCUGACCUCGGACGAGAAGACCCAGGCGCUGAAAGCUGUCGCGAAAUGCGUGGAACAGAUUGGUAAAGUGUGCUCUGCUGCAGGUACUCAGCAGAAGGUCGAGGUCAGCCUGGUUCAGCAGCCGCAGGCAGCCGAGCUGGAGCAAGCGCUCGAGAUCAUCGCGACGCCUCUGCAAGUGCUGCGCGAGACGGUCUCCAAGGUGGAGGAGCAGAAGACCCUGGAAGCCGAGGGUCUAGCCGCGUCCGACACCGAGAAAGUGGCAGCCAUGUUGAACACCCUGGUGAGCCCUCUGGAGCAGCUGGAAAGGUCUCUGUCGGUGGCCGUCGAGCAAACCAGCAUCCUCAAAGACGAGUCCGCUUCGGAGAUGAAAGGCGACAGCUCUCUAAAGUCGAACGUCGAGCCGGUUCUUCAAGAAUUAGAAAAAUCGGUUGCUGAGAUCCAGGAGCAUGUCUUCCUCGAGGCUGCAACAGACAGCAGCGACCUUGAGAAGUCCGUGGCGAGGACGUUGAAGGAGCCGUUGGAGCAACUGAAGUCCUGCAUAGCAGCCGUGCAGGAGACGAUGUCCACGGAGGUCGCAGAGACAGCCGCUGCGCCGGACAAAAUAACAACCUUGAAGGUGUUCGCGAAGUCGGUGGAGGACCUCGGCGAGAAAUGCCUGGCGGUGAUCACGCGGCAGCAGGUGGAGGCGCGAGCGGCCCCGACGAGGUUAGAGGAGUCGCAAGUGGCGAUCCUGGAGAUGGUGAUCGGUCCUCUUCAGGUACUGAGAGAGUCCAUUAGCAAGAUCGAAGAAGAGCAGCCGGAGGAAACGAAAUCUUUGGAUAAAUCGAAGGCGGAGGAAGCGGAGAAGGGAUUGAAGAGCCUGGUGGAACCGCUGGCGAAGCUGGAGACGUCUUUGUCGUCGACCUUGCAGCAGGCUGCGUCGAUGCGAUUACAAAAAGCCGAAGAAGUAACACAGCCAUCUUCCACUUUUCAGAGCUUGGAACUUUCUCCCGCGAUCCAGGAGCUGCGGAGGCGCGUCGCCAUGGUGCAGGACCAAGCAGAGGUGCAAACCGCGAGCCAGGAGGCUUCCGUGAAGGCUUCUCCGGCGGACAGGAACUUCUUGGCAGCCGCGAAGAAGUCGUUGGCCGACUUGGACGCCUCGCUCGCGGUCGUCGAGAACGCGGCGGCCGCUCAGCCGGAGAAGGAGAAGCUUCGAGGCGCGGAAACCAAGGCGACGGUGCAGAGGUUCGCCGAGUCGACGGAGGAGUUCAAACGGAGGUCGCUGACAGCGAUCGCGCGGCGAUACGCGGGCGCGAGGGUCAGCGCCAAGGUGCUGCAAACGAUCAUCGCUCCGGUUCAAGUGCUGCGCGAGACCAUCGCCAAGAUCCAGGAGGAGUCUACGGAGGAAGCGGAAGCUCUGGAGGCGGAGGACGCGGACGUCCAGAAGCUGGCGCCGCUGAUACACCCUCUGGAGCAACUGGAGAGAUGCUUGGUCACCACGGCGCACCAGGCAACCGAAGGAGUUGCUGAAGAGGAGCCGCAAGACCCUGUGAUCCUCGAGCCGAUCCUCGAGGAGCUGAAGGAGAGCAUCGUCGCGGUCGAGCAAGAAUUACCAAGCGCUAAAGACACCUCGAAGAUGGACCUCGCCGACAGCAUCAGGCAGGCGAUCGCAAACCUGAAGUCGACCACAACGGCGGUCCAGAGGACGGUGACGACGCCGCUGGAGAUCAACGAGGAGAUGAAGAAGGAGAAGGCGUCGGUUCUGCGAGACUUUGCGAAGUCGAUGGAGCAGCUGCAGCAGCGUUGCUCCUCGGCUGCGGCGCGGCGUCGAAAGGAGCCGCAAGACCUGCAACCGGACAGACCUAAACCAACAGAAAUGAAGAUAGUAGACGUCGAGGUGCUCCAGAAAGUCGGCAGCACCGUGCACACCUUGCGCGAGUCCCUUUCGCUGAUAGAAGAGGCGACCACUCUGGAGUCGAAGGAGCUCGAAAGGAGCUCCUCCGGCGAGGAAGCGAAGCUGAAAUUAAACGUGCUGAUCGAGCCGCUGGGCGUCCUAGAGCGAGUUUUAGCGUCAGCCGUCCAAGAAGGCGUCGCGGUUCCUGCGGAAGCCGCGGAGGAGUCGAAACCACCGGAGAUUUCGCUGGAGAAAUUGCGGCCGGUGCUCGAAGAGCUGCAGAAUUCAAUCGUCGUUGUUCAACAACAGGUCAGCGAGGUCGCGACGUCGGGCGACAUCCAGGUGCUGAAUCUGGCGAAGGCGAUGGAGAGGCCUCUGACAGAGCUGAAGAUGUCGAUCGCAGCGGUUCAAGAGAUGACCGAGACGGACGAGGCAAAGCUGACGAAGAUGGACGAGAGAGCGCGGCUGGAAGUCUUCGCCGAGACGGUGGAGGCAUCUGGAAAGCAGCUCCUGGCGGUGGCGAAGCAGGAAGCCAGGCAGAUGUUAGAGGUCCUCGGAUCGAGGAGGAUGACCGAGGACCACGAAGAGUUCGCGAAGACCGUGCUCGCGCCGAUCGCCGAGCUGCAGAGCGCGAUCUUGGAGCUCGACGAACGCGGCAGGUCUGCAACGGCCGGCCAGAAGGAGGCCGUGAUCUUCCUCAGCAUCGUGCAGCCGCUGCAUCAGCUGGAGGAGUCCUUCUCGUUGGCCCUGCAGGACCAGCUGGCGCCUAUCCCUAUUUUGCAGGAGCUGCCCGUGAAGGCCACGAUGCAGGAGCUGAGCAGACAGGUGGCGGAGAUCCAGGAGCAGUUGGUGCUGGUGAAGGAGACGCUGAGUGUAACCGGGGACGCCGAAGACCAGGCUCUGGUCAAGGACGUGGAGCGUUCGCUGAGCGAUCUGAGGACCUCCGCGGCGGUGGUGCAGCAGCUGACGGCGAUAGAGGCGCCGGGUCGGCAGGUGUUGGACGUGGAGAACGUGUCCGCGCUGCAGGCGUUCGGCAAGGCCGUGGAGGAGUUCAAGAGGCACUGUUUGGCCAUGGUGUCGAGUCCCAGGGUGAUCUCCGCGGUGGUUGGAUCGGUGGAGCCGCGGCCGACGAAGGCAGAAGUCAUCUUAGCUCCCAGCAAGAUCCUGCGGGAGUCUGUCUCGACGAUCGAGGAGAUGAAGAGCCAGGAAGCGGCGGCACUGGAGACGAAGAAGCCUGUGACAGUGCUGAGCGUCCUCAUGAGCCCGCUUCAGCGGCUGGAACAGUCGUUCGUCGCGGCCAUUCAAGGCGAGCACGUGGCCGAGCAGACGGCCGAGAGCCUUGAAGAGCAAGCGACCUUCGAGGCGACGAGCCUGCGUCCGAUACUCGAGGAGUUCCAGAAGUCGAUCGCCGUCGUCCAGGAGCACAUCCUGGCGGAGGCCGCGCACAGCCUGUCGGAGGAGGCCUCGCAGGAGGACCUGCAGCUGAUGGCGCGGACGCUGGCGGAGCUGAGGACCUCGGCGGCGGCCAUCCAGCAGAUCCCGCAGGCGGCGCCGGAAUUCGCCGACGAGCUGUCGCGAGCCGAAGGUGUCUCCGCCUUCGAGACGUUCGCGAGAUCUCUCCGGGACUUAGCGGAGCGGCUGGCCGCCGUCGACCAUCAGCAGAUCCUGAUGGAGCCCGCGGCGGACACCAUCUCCGAGGACGUGUCAUCGCUGAAGACCUGGGGCGACGUCAUCGAGGAGCCGGCCGUCCGGGUCACCGAAGCCAUGGUGGUAGACCAGGGCACCGUUGAAUCGCCGUCGGAGAUGGCCGUCUCCCUUUCCGAGGACGAGGCGCAGGCCCUGAAGAGUCUAGCCAAGCCUCUCAGCGAGCUCAGAGAGUGCCUGGCGCUGGUGGUGGAGGAGCGGAAGCCGAUCGACGGCAACGAGGCGAUCGUCGCGCUAUCGGAGAAGGAGGACCUGUCGCUGCUGAAGAGCAUGGCGCGACCCCUGCUGGAGCUGAAGGCCGCGGCCGCGUCCGUGAUCCACGAGCAGGUCGCAGUCGAGUCCGCGAAAGAGAAGGCCUUCGACCACGCCAAGGAGGCGGCCACCUUGAACCCGCUGAUCGAGCCCCUCGAGGAGCUCUGCAAGUCCAUCGCGCUGAUCCAGGACCACAUCCUGGUCGAGUCGGCGGAGGAGCGGCCGGCCGACGAGGCCACCUUGCUGACCGCCUUGGUGGAGCCGCUGAUCACGCUUCAGAGAAGCAUCUGCGUGCUAGAGGAGCGCGUGCUGUCGCCGGACGUGGUCUCACUGCCCGAGGAAUCCAGUUGGAUCAGCGAGUGCCUCGCCGUCCCGCUGCAGGAGAUUGAGAGGUCGAUAGCCGAGAUCCACGAGUGCAUCGUCGUGGAGGAGCCCGCUGUCGAGGAGCAGCUGUCCAAGGUGGAGAUGAUCGACUGGUCCGUGGUCGAGAAGCUGGUGCAGCCGGUUCAGAGGAUAAGGGCGGUAAUCGUCGGGAUGCGGGAAGAAGCAGGCGUCGCCGGGAAAGCGGACAAGGCUCGCUGCGACUUGGUGAACGCGUUGGUGCAGCCGCUGACCGAGGUGCACGAGAGCUUCCUGGCGCUGAAGAACAGAGUCGAGAUGAGUCCCGAGGAGGAAGAGGCCAGCAUCGACGCCAUAGUGGACUCCCUGUCCAGCCUGGAGAAGAGCAUCUCGUUCAUCGAGGAGCAAACCGUCGAGCGAAGCAAGGGGAUUGUAGGCAGCUUGGAGGAGCCUCUGGCGCAGCUGAAGAACUCAAUCAUGACCGUGGAGGAAUCAUCGACGGUGUACCUCGACAAUCUGGAGCAGCCGCUGAAGGAUCUGCAAGCUGCUUUGGAGACAGCCUCGCGGGAGCAAGAAGAACGAGCGCGAAGGAAGAAGAAGACCGCUGUGCCUGUGGAAGAGGUGGUGAGGAUUUCUACCAAGAUCACGAUCUCCAUCAACGAGAUCAACGUCUCGAUCGAGACGAUCGAUCGCAAGCUAGAUAGCUACAAGGACUUGUUGGGGAUCGAGAUUCGGAUCGAGAACGAAGCGCUGAAGACUCUGACCGCGCCGCUGGAGGAUCUUAAAGAGGCUGUCCGUCGGGUACAGACAAACGGCGUCGAGCAAUCUUCGAUGGACUCCCUGAAACGGCUUCAAAGGUCUAUCGAUAUUAUUUGUCAGCAAGCCGCCGAUAAACCGUCCGCCGAACCUCCGCAUUCCGAGGCUGCUGACAGGGUCAGGGUGUUGAAACCGUUGGCACCGAGUCUGCAGCAAUUAGAGACGACGAUCAAGAGCGUCGAGGCGCUGUGGCAGGACGAAUUGACCGGCGAAGGGCUGCUGGAGUUGGAAACACCGAUUGCUAAUCUGAUGAACGCGGUGAACGUGUUGUGCGACAAGCUGUCGAGGAUGGAGGUGGUCUGGGUAACCGAAGAAGAAGAAGAGAAGAAGGAGAAGAAGGAAGUGUCGGAUGAAGAGAAGAAAGUGAAAGUUGAAGAGGAAGAAGAAAAGUUGCGACAGGAGGAGGAGGAACGUAUGCAGAAGGAAGAGACUGAGAGGUUGAAGCUGGAAGAGGAACGUAGAAAGCAGGAAGAAGAAGAAUACAAGAAGAAGGAAGAAGAACGACUCGAGCAGAAGGAAGAGGCUGAGAGAUUGAAGUUGGAAGAGGAACGUAGAAAGCAGGAAGAGGAAGAAUACAAGAAGAAAGAGGAAGAACAACUCGAGCAGAAGGAAAAGGCUGAGAGGUUGAAGCUUGAAGAAGAACGUAAAAAGCAAGAGGAAGAAGAGCACAAGAAGAAGGAAGAAGAGGCUGAGAGGUUGAAGCUUGAAAAAGAACAUAAAAAACAGGAGGAAGAACAACUUGAGCAGAAAGAAGAGGCCGAGAAGUUGAAGCUGGAAGAGGAACGUAAAAUGCAAGAGGAAGAAGAACGAAAGAGAAAAGAAGAAGAAGAACUUAAGCAGAAGGAAGAGUCUGAGAGAUUGAAGCUUGAAGAAGAACGUAAAAAGCAAGAGGAAGAAGAGCACAAGAAGAAGGAAGAAGAACAACUCAAGCAGAAAGAAGAGGCUGAGAGGUUGAAGCUUGAAGAAGAACGUAAGAAGCAAGAGGAAGAAGAGCACAAGAAGAAGGAAGAAGAAGAACUUAAGCAGAAGGAAGAGGCUGAGAGAUUGAAGCUGGAAGAGGAACGUAAAAUGCAAGAGGAAGAAGAGCACAAGAAGAAGGAAGAAGAACAACUGAAGCAGAAAGAAGAGGCUGAGAGGUUGAAGCUUGAAGAAGAACGUAAGAAGCAAGAGGAAGAAGAGUACAAAAAGAAAGAAGAAGAACAACUUAAGCAGAAGGGGGAAGCUGAAAAAUUAAAGAUUGAAGAAGAACGUAAAAAGCAAGAGGAAGAAGAACUGAAACAGAAAGAGGAAGCGGAACAAUUGAAGAUUGAACAGGAACGUAAAAAGCAAAAGGAAGAAGAACGAAAGAAAAAGGAGGCGGACGAGCUCGAACAGAAGAAAGAAACUGAAGAAUUGAAGCUCGAAGAAGAAAGCAAACAGCGCGAAGAAGAAGAAUGCAAGAAGAAGGAGGCGAAAGAGCUCGAACAGAAGAAAGAAGCUGAGAAAUUGAAGCUCGAAGAAGAAAGCAAACAGCUCGAAGACGAAGAACGCAAGAAGAAGGAGGCGAAAGAGCUUGAACAGAAGGAAGAAGCUGAAAAAUUGAAGCUCGAAGAAGAAAGCAAACAGCGCGAAGAAGAAGAACGCAAGAAAAAUGAGGCAGAAGAGCUCAAGCAGAAGAAAGAAGCUGAAAAAUUAAAGAUUGAAGAACAGCGCAAAAAGCAGGAAGAGGAAGAACGUAAGAGGAAAGAGGAGGAAGAACUGAAACAGAAAGAGGAAGCCGAAAAGUUGAAGAUUGAACAGGGGCGUAAAAAGCAACAGGAAGAAGAACGUAAGAGAAAAGAAGAAGAAGAACUUAAGCAGAAGGAAGAAGCUGAGAAAUUGAAGAUCGAAGAAGAACAACGCAAAAAGCACGAAGAAGAAGAAGAGCGUAAGAGAAAGGAAGCAGAGCUCAAGCAGAAGGAAGAAGCUGAGAAAUUAAAGAUUGAAGAAGAACGUAAGAGAAAAGAGGAAGAAGAACUGAGACAAAAAGAGGAAGCAGAAAAAUUGAAGAUUGAAGAAGAACGUAAAAAGCAAGAGGACGAAGAACGUAAGAAAAAGGAGGCGGAAGAACUCGGACAGAAGGAAGAGGCUGAGAAGCUAAAACAGGAAGAACAAAAGAGAAUAGAAGCUGCCAAGGAGCUGGAAGAGAAGCGCAAGAAGGAGGAGACGGAAAAACUGAGACUGGAGGAAGAAGAGAGGAAGAAAAAAGAAGAGACCGAAAGGUUGAGGCAGGAAGAGGAGCGGAAACAGAAGGAAGAAGAGCAAAGAUUGAAGGCGGAAGAGGAUCGCAAACGUAAAGAGGAGGAGGAGGAGAGAUUGAAACAGGAUGAGGAACGACGGAAAACGGAACAGGCCGAGAAGAUGAAACUAGAAGAAGAAGAACGAAAAAUGAGAGAAGAGAAGGAGAAGCGAAAGCGUGAAGAAGAGGAGCGUAAGAAGCAGAAAGAAGCUGAAAGGUUGAAGGAGGAAGAACGUGAAAAGAGAGAGCAAGAGGAACAAAUGAAACGAGACGAAGAAAAACGCAAACAGGAAGAAGAAGCUAUGAAACUGAAGGAAGAGGAGGAGCGUAAAAAGAUCGCAGAGGCGGAGAAGACGAGGUUGGAAGAACAGAAACGUGAACAAGAGGAGGAGGCCAAGAAAUUGAAGGUGGAGGAAGAGAAACGCAAGCAAGAAGAGGAAGCUAAGAAACUAAAAGAAGAAGAAGCGAAACGCAAGCAAGAAGAGGAAGCUAGAAAACUAAAAGAGCAAGAAGAGAAACGCAAGCAAGAAGAAGAAGAAGCUAAGAAACUGAAAGAAGAAGAAGAGAAACGCAAGCAAGAAGAGGAAGCUAGAAAGCUAAAAGAAGAAGAAGAAGUGAAACGUAAACAGGAAGAGGAAGCGAAGAAAUUGCGAGAAGAAGAAGAACGCAAGAAGGCCAAGGAGGCUGAGAAACUGAAGCUAGAAGAACAGAAACGUCAACAAGAAGAGGAGGCGAAGAAACUGAAGGAAGAAGAGGAACGUAAGAAGACCGAGGAGUCUGAGAAACUGAAGCUAGAAGAACAGAAACGUCAACAAGAAGAGGAGGCGAAGAAACUGAAGGAAGAAGAGGCUGAGAGGUUGAAGCUUGAAGAAGAACGUAAGAAGCAAGAGGAAGAAGAGCACAAGAAGAAGGAAGAAGAAGAACUUAAGCAGAAGGAAGAGGCUGAGAGAUUGAAGCUGGAAGAGGAACGUAAAAUGCAAGAGGAAGAAGAGCACAAGAAGAAGGAAGAAGAACAACUCAAGCAGAAAGAAGAGGCUGAGAGGUUGAAGCUUGAAGAAGAACGUAAGAAGCAAGAGGAAGAAGAGCACAAGAAGAAGGAAGAAGAACAACUCAAGCAGAAAGAAGAGGCUGAGAGGUUGAAGCUUGAAGAAGAACGUAAGAAGCAAGAGGAAGAAGAGUACAAAAAGAAAGAAGAAGAACAACUUAAGCAGAAGGGGGAAGCUGAAAAAUUAAAGAUUGAAGAAGAACGUAAAAAGCAAGAGGAAGAAGAACUGAAACAGAAAGAGGAAGCGGAACAAUUGAAGAUUGAACAGGAACGUAAAAAGCAAAAGGAAGAAGAACGAAAGAAAAAGGAGGCGGACGAGCUCGAACAGAAGAAAGAAACUGAAGAAUUGAAGCUCGAAGAAGAAAGCAAACAGCGCGAAGAAGAAGAAUGCAAGAAGAAGGAGGCGAAAGAGCUCGAACAGAAGAAAGAAGCUGAGAAAUUGAAGCUCGAAGAAGAAAGCAAACAGCUCGAAGACGAAGAACGCAAGAAGAAGGAGGCGAAAGAGCUUGAACAGAAGGAAGAAGCUGAAAAAUUGAAGCUCGAAGAAGAAAGCAAACAGCGCGAAGAAGAAGAACGCAAGAAAAAUGAGGCAGAAGAGCUCAAGCAGAAGAAAGAAGCUGAAAAAUUAAAGAUUGAAGAACAGCGCAAAAAGCAGGAAGAGGAAGAACGUAAGAGGAAAGAGGAGGAAGAACUGAAACAGAAAGAGGAAGCCGAAAAGUUGAAGAUUGAACAGGGGCGUAAAAAGCAACAGGAAGAAGAACGUAAGAGAAAAGAAGAAGAAGAACUUAAGCAGAAGGAAGAAGCUGAGAAAUUGAAGAUCGAAGAAGAACAACGCAAAAAGCACGAAGAAGAAGAAGAGCGUAAGAGAAAGGAAGCAGAGCUCAAGCAGAAGGAAGAAGCUGAGAAAUUAAAGAUUGAAGAAGAACGUAAGAGAAAAGAGGAAGAAGAACUGAGACAAAAAGAGGAAGCAGAAAAAUUGAAGAUUGAAGAAGAACGUAAAAAGCAAGAGGACGAAGAACGUAAGAAAAAGGAGGCGGAAGAACUCGGACAGAAGGAAGAGGCUGAGAAGCUAAAACAGGAAGAACAAAAGAGAAUAGAAGCUGCCAAGGAGCUGGAAGAGAAGCGCAAGAAGGAGGAGACGGAAAAACUGAGACUGGAGGAAGAAGAGAGGAAGAAAAAAGAAGAGACCGAAAGGUUGAGGCAGGAAGAGGAGCGGAAACAGAAGGAAGAAGAGCAAAGAUUGAAGGCGGAAGAGGAUCGCAAACGUAAAGAGGAGGAGGAGGAGAGAUUGAAACAGGAUGAGGAACGACGGAAAACGGAACAGGCCGAGAAGAUGAAACUAGAAGAAGAAGAACGAAAAAUGAGAGAAGAGAAGGAGAAGCGAAAGCGUGAAGAAGAGGAGCGUAAGAAGCAGAAAGAAGCUGAAAGGUUGAAGGAGGAAGAACGUGAAAAGAGAGAGCAAGAGGAACAAAUGAAACGAGACGAAGAAAAACGCAAACAGGAAGAAGAAGCUAUGAAACUGAAGGAAGAGGAGGAGCGUAAAAAGAUCGCAGAGGCGGAGAAGACGAGGUUGGAAGAACAGAAACGUGAACAAGAGGAGGAGGCCAAGAAAUUGAAGGUGGAGGAAGAGAAACGCAAGCAAGAAGAGGAAGCUAAGAAACUAAAAGAAGAAGAAGCGAAACGCAAGCAAGAAGAGGAAGCUAGAAAACUAAAAGAGCAAGAAGAGAAACGCAAGCAAGAAGAAGAAGAAGCUAAGAAACUGAAAGAAGAAGAAGAGAAACGCAAGCAAGAAGAGGAAGCUAGAAAGCUAAAAGAAGAAGAAGAAGUGAAACGUAAACAGGAAGAGGAAGCGAAGAAAUUGCGAGAAGAAGAAGAACGCAAGAAGGCCAAGGAGGCUGAGAAACUGAAGCUAGAAGAACAGAAACGUCAACAAGAAGAGGAGGCGAAGAAACUGAAGGAAGAAGAGGAACGUAAGAAGACCGAGGAGUCUGAGAAACUGAAGCUAGAAGAACAGAAACGUCAACAAGAAGAGGAGGCGAAGAAACUGAAGGAAGAAGAGGAACGUAAGAAGACCGAGGAGUCUGAGAAACUGAAGCUAGAAGAACAGAAACGUCAACAAGAAGAGGAGGCGAAGAAACUGAAGGAAGAAGAGGAACGUAAGAAGACCGAGGAGUCUGAGAAACUGAAGCUAGAAGAACAGAAACGUCAACAAGAAGAGGAGGCGAAGAAACUGAAGGAAGAAGAGAAGCGCAAAAAGAAAGAGGCCAAGAAGCAAAAAGCCGAGGAGGAAGCGCGGAAGCAGGAAGAGGAAGCUAAGAAACUAAAAGAACAAGAAGACGAACGCAAGAAGGCUGAGGAGGCUGAGAAACUGAAACUGGAAGAAGAGAAACGUGAGCAGGAAGAGGUCGCUAAAAAGCAGAAAGAGGAGGAGGAGAAGAGACGUAAACAGGAGGCAGAGACUAAGAAACUUAAAGAAGAGGAAGAACGCAAGACAGCGGAAGAAGCUGAGAAACUGCGGAAGGAAGAAGAGAAACGUAAGCAGGACGAGGAAGCUGAAAAGCUGAAGCAGGAAGAAGAAGAACGUAAGAAAACCGAGGAAGCCGAACAGCUUAAAUUGGAGGAACAGAAACGCAAGCUGGAGGAAGAAGAUAAGAAGCUGAAAGAAGAAGAGAAGCUGAAACAGGAAGAGGAAGCUAAGAAACAGAAAGAACAAGAAGCUAAGAAACUGAAGGAGGAGGAAGCUAAGAGAGUUAAGGAUGAGGAAGCUAAGAAACAGAAAGAACAAGAAGGUAAGAAACUGAAGGAGGAGGAAGCUAAGAAGGUUAAGGAUGAAGAAGCGAAGAAACAGAAAGAACAAGAAGCUAAGAAACUGAAGGAGGAGGAAGCUAAGAAGGUUAAGGACGAAGAGGCUAAGAAGCAGAAAGAACAAGAAGCUAAGAAACUGAAGGAUGAGGAAGCUAAGAAGGUUAAGGAUGAAGAAGCUAAGAAACAGAAGGAACAAGAAGCUAAAAAGCUGAAGGAAGAGGAAGCUAAGAAACUGAAGGAAGAUGAAGUUAAAAAGCAGCAAGAAGAGGAAGCUAAGAAACUGAAGGAAGAUGAAGUUAAAAAGCAGCAGGAAGAGGAAGCUAAGAAAAUAAAGGAGGAAGAAACUAAGAAACAGAAGGAAGAGGAAGCUAAGAAACUGAAGGAGAAGGAAACUAAAAAACAGAAGAAAGAGGAAGCUAAGAAACAGAAGGAAGAGGAGGCUAAGAAACAGAAGGAAGGGGAGGCUAAGAAGCUGAAGGAACAGGAAGCUGAGAAACUGAAAGAACAAGAAGCUGAAAAGAAGAAAGAAGAGAAAGCAAAGGAACAGGAAGCUGAGAAACUGAAAGAACAAGAAGCUGAAAAGAAGAAAGAAGAGAAAGCAAAGGAACAGGAAGCUGAGAAACUGAAAGAACAAGAAGCUGAAAAGCAGAAGGAAGUGGAAGUUAAGAAACUGAAGGAGGAGGAAGCUAAGAAAAUUAAGGACGAAGAGGCUAAGAAACAGAAAGAUCAGGAAGCUAAGAAGCUGAAGGAGGAGGAAACAAAGAAGGUUAAGGAUGAAGAAGCUAAGAAACAGAAGGAACAAGAAUCUAAGAAACUGAAGGAAGAUGAAGUUAAAAAGCAGCAAGAAGAGGAAGUUAAGAAAUUGAAGGAAGAGGAAGCUAAGAAAAUAAAGGAUGAAGAAGUUAAGAAACAGAAGGAAAAGGAUGCUGCGAAACUGAAACAGGAGGAGGAAGCGAAGCGCCUCAAGGAAGAGGAGGAACGUAAGAAAAAGGAUGAGGCUGGAAAGCGUAGAAGAUCGAAGGACGAGAAGAGACGCAAGAGCGAGCAGGAGGCAAAGGCGAAGCAAGAAGAGGAAGAAGAGCGGGAACAGAAACUGAAAGCGGAGAAACGGGAACAGGAGGUGAAGGCUCGCAAACUGGAGGCGGAAACUCGGGAGGAGGAAGAGAAGAAAAAGCGAGCCGAGGCCGAGAAUCUGAAGCAGGAAGAGGAUGAACGAACUCGAAAAAGGGAAGAAGCCGACAGGCUGAAGCAAGAGGAAGAUGAUCGCAGAAGAAAGGAGGAGGUCGAGAGGCUGAACAAGGCGGAAUCGGAAAAGCUGAAGCAAACGGAAGAGAAGCUGCGGAAGAAGAAGGAGAAGCGGCGAUUGGAGCAGGAAGAGGAGGAACGAAAGGAAAGAGAAGAAGCGGAGAGACGAAGAAAGGAACAGGAGCAGAAGAAGAAGGAUCGGGAGGAGCGCGCGAAGAAGGACGAAGAGGAGAGAGCGAAGCGGGAGGAGGAGGAGCGCGCGAGAAAAGAAGAAAAGGCUAGGCUGCGUAAAGAAGAGGAGGAUCGGAGGAGAGCCGAGGAAGCCGAGAGGCUGAAGAGAGAAGAGGAGCGCGACGCGCAAAGGCGAGAGGAAGCUAAGCGUCGCCGAGAAGAGCAGGGGAUGCAGAUCCGGCAAGAAACGGAGAGGAUAAGGAAAGCGGAGGAGGAGCGGGUGAGAAAGGAGGACGAGACUCGGGAGCGGAGGAGGCAGGAGCGUGAGCACAGGCGGCACGAGGAGGAGCAGAAGUUGCUGAGGGAAGAAGAGGAGAGGUCGAAGAGGGAGGAGGAGCGUCGGAGGAAGCGGAAAGAGGCCGAGCGGCAAUGGAAGGAGGACGAGGACGCUAUUAGGAGGAAGCAGGCCGAGAGGAUCGAGAGGCGAAGAGCCGGAGAACGGCAGAACCGCGAAGAGGCUGAACGGCUGAGGCGAGAGGACGAGGAAAGGCGGCACAGGAGGGACGCCGACAGGCAGAACAGAAGAGACGAGGCGGUGAAGGCGCUGAAGGAGGAGGGCGAACGGAUGCGAAAGCGGCAGGAGGAAGAGUCCUCGAGACUUCGACAGCGUAGACAGGAACAGCUGAGGGACGACAGCUGGUCCAGACUGCGGCAGAGCGAGGCGGACUCAUUGCUGAGGAAGAUCACCGACGACGCCAGAACACCGAGGCCGAAAGGCAUUUCCUACGACGUCGAAUUCUGGCGGGACCGACGAGACAAGGCCCACCGGUACGAUUCCGCCUUCGACUCCACUCUCUCCAGCACCUCCAGGUCCUACAGCUGGAGGGACUCGUUGACCUCGUUGACCAAGAGGAGGACCGACGAUUUCCUCGACUACAAACUGAGGGACACCUCCAUGGACAGAUACUACUUUGACACGGGCUCGUACUACCGGAGAAGAAGAAGGAGGGACGACCGGAUCUCGCGAGCUAGGUCCAUUAGCUUGCUGAAGUACGAGGACUACUCGAUCGGGGACAGCGACAUCGGCUUCGCGGCUGGCAGCUCGUUCAGACCGCCACGGUACAGCAGACCGAAGACCACCUUGCGAACCGAUCUCGACGGGUCCAGCGUCUCGUUGUACGUGCCUCUUAGCGCAGACACGAUGGUGCCGAGGGAGAAAGGAAAGAAGCCGUCGUUCUGCACAAGGUUAACGAAUAGAACGGUAGGGGUUGGUAUGAGAACGAGGCUGACUUGUACCGUGCUCGGCUACCCGGAACCGAGGGUGCACUGGACCAAAGACGGCGAGAAGCUCGAGAUCACGUCGAGUCGAUAUCGAACCCGGUUCGACAACGGUAUGGCUUAUUUCGAACUGCAUGAAGCACUCCCCGAAGAUUCCGGACUGUACACCUGUGUCGCUGAGAAUGUUCACGGAAUCGCAACCACCGAAUCCACGUUAAAAAUUUACCCCGAUUUCCAACCAGCUCUGUCACCCCCUACCUUCACCAGAUCCAUUAAAGACACCUAUCGGCAUUCGGAUAACGAGUUAAUUCUGGAGUGUCGUGUCCGCGGCAAUCCCACGCCGCUUAUUUCCUGGCUGAAAGACGGUUGCAUCCUUCAAGGCGAUCGCUACAAGCAAACUUACCUGGACGAUGGCAUUUACCGACUAGAGAUCGCUGCACCCAAUUCUUCGGACAACGGCCGCUACAUAUGUAGAGCCAUGAAUGAUCUGCGCACGGAAGAAAUAGCCCAUAUAGUCCAGUUCGAUGAACGAAUUCGGCGAGGCAAGCAUCACGAAAUUUUUGACGACCACUUUGGCACCGAUGUCUUCAAGAGGUCAUACUUAUCCAGUUACCUGUCCGAUUACAAUGUUCCUAUUGGAAGUAGCAUCGCCGCCCAAAUCAGAGCGAAAGGCGCGUCCGCGCCGGAAGUGAGAUGGUUCCGCGGCGAAAGAAGAGAACCGUUUUCUUUUUCGAAAGCGAAAGCGUUCACAGACUUCGGUAUUCACACUUCCUUCGUGCCGGAGAUUUCCGAAUCGGAGAGGGGCUCGAUCAUAUCGAAAUAUUUUGGGCACGUGGACAGCAUGAGCACGAUGGACUUAAAAUCGGCGGGCGUCAUGGAGACCGGGAAGCCCGCCAUGUUUGUUUCGAGACCCGCUGAAAAAUCGAUCACCGUCACCACUGGAGAAGAUGUCAGCGUGUCGUUUAGAUGCGCUGGAAAUCCCAGACCACGAGUGACCUGGAUGAAAGGACUGAGAGACAUCACUAACGGCCCUAGAUCCAUCAAGGAAGUCAUCGAUGACUAUGUCAGACUGACCUUGAAAAGGGUAACACCUUCGGACGAGGGCACCUAUUGCAUACUUGUGAAGAACAGACACGGAUGCGACAGAAGCUUCUUCUCUAUCAAGGUGAAACAACGUGCCAGAUCGUUGACGCCAGAUUGGAGUACCGUCAGCAGCCGCACCGACACCGGAAGUCUUCUAGGUCUGUCGACUGAGAGCCGCGACGAUGAAGUGCCCUACGUGAAAAAUGUUCCUGGACCGAUCAGCAGCGAGCCAGUUGUAGUCGAUGGCGGAAAGAACUGGUUGUCGCUAAGUUGGGGCAAAGCCGAACAAAAGGGACCUGCACCGGUGAUUGCCUAUAGGGUCGACGCUUGGUUGCUUGGUAGCGACGGUGGUGCACGAUGGGUCGAGCUGGGCAUAACACCGAUCAACGCUUUCGACGCGUUCAACCUGAAGCCCGGCGGCGAGUACAAGUUCCAGGUGACGCCGCGGAAUCGGUACGGAUGGGGCGAGUCCGUAACUAUGACGAAUUCCGUGAAGGUCAGCGAGACCGUCGAUCUUCCCGAGUUCACGAAAAUCUUGCCCGGUCAGCUCAAGGUUCUCGAGGGGGCAACAGUGAGGUUGGAGUGCGAGAUACGCACAGACUCGAAGGUCGAUAUAAAAUGGUACCGUGAAUCGUCCGAGAUAGAUUUGAAUUGCGAGCCGAGAUGCUCGAUCUCCCGUAUCGGAACGCAGUGUUCGCUCAAGAUCGAAAACGUCCAAGAGGCCGAUUCCGGGCGAUACGUGUGCGAGGCCAGCAACUUGAUCGGCAAAGUAUCGUCGUUUGCUAGAGUGCUCGUCGUCAAUGAUCCGAAGAUCAUUGAGGCGGAUGCGAAACUCAAAUCAAGCGAGCUAAUAGACGAUCUCGAAGACAGACCACCGCAAUUCACCAUGAGGAUUCGGGACAGAAGGGUUCAAGUGUCGUAUCCCGUGAGACUGACCUGCCAAGUGACCGGCCAUCCUGCUCCGGAAGUCACGUGGCACAAAAACGACCAGGAGAUCUGUCAAGAUGAGCGCCACGUGUUCUGGAACAACGAUUCGAAUUUCUACACGCUGGAGAUCGUUCACUCCACUCUGGAAGAUUCUGGCUGUUAUAUGGUGACAGCGAGGAAUGUGAAUGGGUCGGUGUCCUGUCGCUGUAUCCUCGUGGUGGACAAGGGAAUCCGUGCUUACAUAGCGCCGGAAUUCCUCUGCGGCCUCGACGCCGCGUACAUGGUGAAAUCGGGAGAGGACCUCCGAAUCACUGCUCAAGUCGAGGCAUAUCCUAGCGUCGGUGUUGUAUGGCACCGAGAUGGAAUUCGUCUUCGACCAAGUCGAAGGGCAGUGAUGACCUUGGAUCACGAUGGCACCGUCGGACUGUCGUUGGGCAAGGUUACCGAAAGAGAUGCUGGCGUUUACAUCUGCACCGCUACCAAUGAAGUUGGCCGGGCCGAAACCUCCGCGAAGGUGACGGUCGUUGCCGGAAGAUGGCAAACGGAAGAUGACGAGGUGUCGAUCGAAGAGCCGCCGUCUGUUACGGUUGCGACACCGGAUAUACCAUACUCGAAGGAGCCUCUCUUCAUCACAAAGCCAUUGUCAACCGAGGCGAUCGAAGGCGACACAGUCAUUAUAUCGUGCGAAGUGGUCGGCGAUCCCAAACCGGAAGUAAUGUGGCUGCGCGACUUUCUGAAGCCUGAUUACUACCGGGACGCGCCGCACUUCCGGUUGGUCGGCGAAGGGCCCCAGUAUCGGCUGGAAAUCCCCUACGCUAAACUCGACUUUACGGGGACCUAUUCCGUGAUAGCGCGAAACUGCCAUGGGGAUGCGAAGGCUGUGAUUUCGUUGCAGAUCUACGCGAAAGGUCAAGGCAAAGAGGAGAAGAUGAAGAAAUCGGGUAUCACUCACGGAAACGUACUGAGUCUGCCGGAGAUCACGAGGGAUCUACGGGAUCUCAGAUGCUGCGACGGAGACGCCGUCGCCCUUGAGUGUAAAGUUCACGCCACACCCGAGCCGCCGUUGGUGCGCUGGGAACGCGCUGGAAAGAUACUUCAAAUGGGCGGCGACUUCUCCGCGGAGUUCGACGGAGAAACUGCGCGUCUGAACAUCCAGCAUGUUUACCCGGAGGACGAGGGCGAGUACACCUGCGUGGCAUACAACGACCUUGGGAAAGCAUUCACGUCGGCGUGCCUAAUAGUGGAUGUGCCCGAAGGAAAGGAAAACGUGCUGAGCCAAAGGCUGACCAGGCCCGUGGGUCUGUUGUCAGCGGGAUCCACGCCGAGAUCCACGCCGAGAUCUACGCCGAUCAGGAGCUUGUCUCCGGCGGUUUCGCACGGUCGAGAAUUGAGGUCUCCGCAGCUGCUGCCGCGAAGUAGAUCGAUGUCGAGACGACCGAAGAUCAGCCCACCGAAAUUUUACGCGGUGCCGCACAAUCGGGUGGUCGAGGAAGGUGAAACCGUGCGAUUCCAAUGCGCUGUGGUCGGCCAUCCGGCGCCGUGGGUGAAAUGGGACAAAAAUGGCCUAGCCGUUACGCCUACCGCAAGGAUCACCAUAAAGGAACGAGACGACGUGAAGAUAUUGGAGAUCGUCGAGGUGACACAAGAGGACGCGGGAUUGUACAGAGUCACCGUGGAGAACGAUUAUGGCCGUAUCGAGGCCAGCGCUCGUUUGGAAGUGAUAAAUCGUCAACUGCUUGGGCCGAUUUCCCGAACGAUAAGAACCAGAAGCGCCUCUCCUAGAACGUAUCCAUCAUUUGGCCGAAGCCUUUUGGACUCUACGACCAGAAUAAAUAGCAAAUUACAACUUAGUUGCGGCAUCAGGGGAACGCCGAGUCCAACGCCAACGUGGUUCAGAAACGGACGACCGUUGGAACGAUCGAGCCGAAUAAAACGGUACUUCGACGGGAAUACCGCGAAAAUCGACAUUUCAAAAGUGAAAGCGAGCGACGCGGGCGAAUACACCUGCGUGGCAACGAACGUCCUCGGAUCGACGAAGAACACGUGCCAGGUCACCGUUCUCGACCCCCAUGACCCGUCCACUUGUGACAAAGAUCCGCCAACGUUCCUGCAGUCGCUCUCCGAGGAAUCGAUCGUCAUGGAGGGUCAUUGUUACGAGCUACAGGCGAGACUAACUGGUACUCCGCCUUUCACAGUCGUUUGGUUAAAGGAUGGUCGCCAGGUGCCUAACAACGAUUAUUAUAAGUACGUGAUUUACGGCGACGGUGGAGUCGCGCUUAGAUUGUCGAAUGUAUCGCCGCAGGAUGCCGGCGAGUACACUUGUCACGUUCGUAACAAUUUCGGGGAGACCUCUUCCAGUGGCCUCUUUGCCGUCCAAGAUUACAAAGGCGUCCCGCAGCUAGCGCCGCAGUUCACCAAAACUCCAGUGUCCGUUUUCACCUCGAAAGGGGAGACCGCGUGCUUCUGCGCGCGAAUACAAUGCGGAAAGCCCAUGGAGAUCACGUGGACCAUCAACGGAAAGGACGUUAAAGAAAUCCCAAGAUGCAAGAUCGAAAAGGACGACAACGUGAGCAUACUGAGGAUACAGAACGUGUCGUCGCGGGACACCGGUGAGAUUCGCUGCACGGCGUCCGUGAUCGGCAAGGGUCCGUCGAUCAGUUGCACGGCGGAGUUGCGAUUGAAACGAUCGCAUCGGCACUUCGAGGACUCUGUCGGUAUGCGCGACGCGGUUUGCGCAUCGAUCGAGAUCCGAAAAGCGGGCGGCUGCGGGCGCAGCAAUUCGGUGAAGAAGCCGAGGAGAGAGGUGGCGUCGCCUCCUCGACGCCGGCGACGCGAGUCGCCGAUGCGCGCCAGAUCGUCCUCGUUGCCGUUGAAGUCUUCGACUUCGGAGGUUCAACGAGCGUCCCCCUCCCUCCCGAGGCGGAACGUCCCGCCGAGUCCGUUGCUCGGCUCCAGGAAAAUAAAAGAAAGCGAGGCGACCGAUAAGAAAGAUCUCGACCCGAAAAAGACGAGAAAUAACGCGGCUCGCUCGGCCAAGAGACCUACGAGAGCUCGAGUAGAGAGCUCGUUGUCGUCCGACGAGGAAGCCGAUGCGGCGAAGCGCGCUCUGCUCGCGAAACCGUCGCACGCGGCCGACGCGAAAUUCCCGAGGAACCGUCGUGAGGAGCUGCGCCCGAUGAAACCGACGCCGACGGAUCCUGGCACGUGGAACGCCGAGAGGGCUUCGAACGAGGCACGCGGGAACUGCGAGAAGUACGACGACACGCCGAUCGUGUCGAUGGAGUGUGCCGAGGAGGAGGAGCCUGCGGCGUCCGAGACGCAGGACCCGAUCGAGACCGACAGGAGGAUCGACGAACCGAUCGCCGCCGCCAUUGUGAAGCUGCCUGCCGACGUCACGGUGUUCAGAGGGAACAGGGUGGUCCUCAGGGUCAGCUAUCGAGGUCACCCGGAACCCCAGGUCAAAUGGCUCCGAGCGGGGCGCGAACUUUCGGCAGACAGGAAGACUGCGAUCACGUAUGGCGGAGGUGUUUCUUGUUUAAUAUCGGACGACGUCACCGCUGAUAACGCCGGAAAAUACGAGGUGUCCGUUGAAAACAGAUUGGGGAAGGACCGUCGAUGCUUCAGCGUUGCUGUCGAGGGACCACCGGACCCGCCAGCAGGUGUUCCGAGCGUGUGCUGUUCUCCGGGCGCGACCACCAUCAACUGGCGAUCGUCUCCGUACGACGGAGGCUGCACGGUGACCGGCUACACCGUGGAGAUGAAUCGCUCGGGUGAGAACGACUGGACCACCGUCACCGAGUCCUGUUACUCCCUGAGCCACACGAUAGAGUCUUCCGGAUCGAGUGUCGUGGAACCGGACGAGAAAUAUCGAUUCCGUGUUCGAGCGGAGAACAUCCACGGGGUUAGCGAGCCGGGGAACGAGUCGGAGUUCGUCAGGAUCCCGAGGGAGGGGGAAACGGAAUUAUUCGACGACGAGGAAGAAUUCGAGCCGCCGUUCGAAGCUCGAGUGGUCGAAAUGGAAGGCGGACAUCUGUUCGCCGACCGAUACGAGGUGUUGGAGGAGCUCGGCAAAGGACGAUACGGCACCGUCAGAAGAGUCAUCGAGAGAUCAUCCGGGACAAGCUUCGCCGCCAAAUUCGUCAGGACCAUCAAGACCAAGGAUCGGGAACAAGUGCGGGAGGAGAUUCGAAUUAUGAACAUGCUGAGGCAUCCGAAGCUUCUUCUUCUGGCCGCUGCUUACGAGAGUCCUCGAGAGAUCGUUAUGAUCACCGAAUACAUUUCCGGCGGCGAAUUGUUCGAGCGGGUCGUCGCCGACGACUUCACGCUGACCGAGAGGGACAGCAUACUAUUUAUGAGACAAAUCUGCGAGGGCGUCGAGUAUAUGCACCAGAAUAAAGUGGUUCACUUGGACUUGAAGCCGGAGAACAUAAUGUGCAGAACGCGAACGUCCCAUCAGAUCAAGCUGAUCGACUUCGGCCUCGCGCAAACCCUAAAGCCGGACACACCGAUCAGAGUACUGUUCGGCACGCCGGAAUUCAUUCCGCCGGAAAUCAUAAGCUACGAGCCGAUCGGCACCGAAUCGGACAUGUGGAGCGUCGGCGUGAUUUGCUACGUUCUAUUAACCGGUUUGUCGCCGUUUAUGGGCGACAAUGACGCCGAAACCUUCGCCAACAUUACGCGGGCGGAUUACGACCUGGAAGACGAAGCAUUCGACGCGAUAUCGAACGACGCCAAGGACUUCAUCAGCGGCUUGCUCGUCAAGCGAAAGGAAUUGCGAAUGUCGGCGAGGAAGUGCCUGAAGCACCCGUGGAUGGCGCAGCACACAGAAGCUAUGAGCAGAAUAGCCUUGCCGACAGAGAAAUUGAAGAAGUUCAUAGUACGAAGAAAGUGGCAGAAAACAGGAAACGCCAUUCGUGCGCUUGGAAGAAUGGCAAUCCUAUCGGCGAACAACCGAAGAAGUCCUACGGCGACGGUGGAGUCUUCGCCGACGUCGGAGCCGUCGUCGAAUCCGAUCGAUUGUCCGCGGACGAUCGACGGGGAUCGAUCGUCGGCCGACGGGCCGAGAAGAUACGUCGUCGAGAGCAGAGCCGAGACCAGCCCGAGCCCGAGCCCGAGCCCGAGCCCGGCGGCGGACGCCGCAAAGAGAAACGUGUAUUCCUUCUGUUACAAGACGGAGGUGAGCAUCUUUCCGGAGGAAACGUUAGACGCUGGACGAAAGAUUGAAGCGUCGUCGGACCUUGACGGGUCCAGCUUGAAAAACGAACCUCCGAGGGACCUCGCGAGAUCGUGUUCAUGGGAAACUGAGACCGGGGGGGACCCGGAAACUGACACCGUCGGUCGUCACCACGAGGAGAACACGGCGGACCGAACAGCCGUUUCCGCGGAGGAGUCAGUUUCUGCGGAGGAAACGCUCGGAGAGGGAAUGGAGAUGAUCACGGAGUACCAAACGGAGGAGUCGAUCCUGAUCAAGGAGGAUACGUCGAUCCUCGGAACCGUCCGUUUCGAGGAGAAGCGGCUGAGUAACUUGGAAUACGAGGAGACGAGGGACUACGGCAGCGUUCGGGAGGAGCUGCUGAAAUCGAAGGUCGAGGACGAGGCCGGCAAUUCCGAGUCGUUCUCGACGUUGCCCGUUCGGAGAGAGCUCGAUCGAGAAGAGAUCGUCUCGGAGGAGAAGGAUCGAAACGAGAAAUUGGACCGCGAAGCGGGCACGAUCUCCCAGAAAUCUCGGAGGGUCUUCAGAGGCGAUUCUCGGGACUCGGGAAUCGGCGAUUGCUCUUCGAAUCUGUCCGCUUCUCUGCAACACGUCAACGAGAUCGGUAUCUCGUCGAUCAAGGAGGAGGAGGAUAGCGAGAACAAUAAUGGUAACGCGAGGGAUGUCUCGAAACAUCUGGAGCACCGCAAGACGUUCGAGAAGAUAGCCGACACGCCGGAGAAUAGUCCCGCUGCUGUGACAAUGAGUGGUGUGACCAAAGCUUCACGUGAUUUUAAUCGGCAUGAAGAUUCCACCGAAAUUGAGGACCCGCGGCUGCUAAUCGGUCGGAUCCGAAGCAAGUUCGUGCCAACCGGCAACGUGAGUCGCACAGCGAAAUUGUUCGAGAAGGAGGCAGCAGCGUCGAAACCACCGGCGACCAUAAAUCCAGUGGCGCAACGCGCGUACCCCACUGUCCCCGUGACCGCUGCGAAACCUCACAACGAGAGGGUGCAGAAAGCGUUUGCAUUCUGGAACAAAUAAUCGAGACGAAAAAAACCAAGUUCACGGGUGGCACUCAAGCGCGUUAGCAGAUAGUGGAUUUCGAAAAUGGGCGCGUUGCGACGCGUCGGGACCGCUUUUCAGCUGUCUUCCGUUUGAAACUCGUAUCGAUGAGAUUAUUAACGAUAAUUGAUUUUCGAAAUCGCACACUUCUUACCAAACAUUUAUCCGAUUGUCACGCGCGAUUUCACCGUGUUGCGAUUUCACCGCGACGAUCCGCGUUUUAGAAAUUAAGCGUACCGUUACAGUCACGACAGACAAAGUAUUUAUUUAAAUAAUUUCUAUCAGCCCCGCGUCUUGUCUCGACGCCUACGGGGGUCUCGCGACAACGUUUUUAUGCUACUCGGAUCCCGUUUCCGGUUACAUACUUUGUAAUCGACCCAAUCGAAUUAUUGUUGCGACGCAACGUCGAUUAACCCUUUGAGCGCUGAGUUGCCCGACGUUGAGCGUGCGCCAUGGACCGCCCACUCGGUACGAAAAAGCCUACCGUGGGCUGCGUACUUUUUACGAAAGAGCGCAAAUUGAGCAGACUGAAUUUUCAUCGCAAGGUAUAUAUCGAUUGUAACCGAAAUAAAUUAUGCGAUGACCUCGAAAGCCUCGAUAACCGUUUAAUACAUUGAGCAACGAUAACACAAACGAUAUAACAGUGAUAAAUUAUAUCUUUUAAAUUGAAAAUUUCAUAAUUUUAUAUCGCGUGGUAAAUCUCGAAGCAGGGUUCGAUACGUAAGCCAAUGUUACAUUUUUUGCGUUCGUAACGCGAGUCGGUUCCGCGAUUAUUUUUAGUGCAAACAGCGCAUUCGCGUAGCGAAGAAUGUUUUUUUAUUUUCUUUAGUUACGCAGGAUGCAGGGAAAUGCCUCUCCGUUAACCGAAAUGGAAAGUCGUUCGAACGAGCUCUUCCUCCUUUAGUCUCUACUCUAUGCGGUGGGUAUUCUCGCAAAAUAUCUUUUAUGAGAAACGGAUGAAAUUUUUCAAAUGUGUCAGUUUUAUUAUUAGCAUUUUUAUAAAGAAUAUACGCAUGGUAUGUAGCGAGGUUUAAGAGGUGGAAGAAAUAUUUUCUAUACCGUUUUGUGCUUUUUCAAACGCGGCGAAGCGAACUCAAAAUCGUAUCGAUUUUAUCAACUGCGCCUAUCGAGGCAUCGUAGUCUGCUACAUACUUUGAUUUUCAAAUCAAAAUCGAACGGUUAUGCGAAAACGCAUAUAUGGGUUCGUAGCCAAAAUCGAAUGGUUGUGUGAGAACGCAUAUAUGGGUUCAUAGCGCUUAAAGGGUUAAGAGCGAUCGGAUGUUCGAUUUUAAGAUGUAACGUUUCGCGUGGACGAGACGAUUCGGUGAUUCCUGAGGUGUUCCUCGCACGCGCGAGGCAUUUCGGACGUUCGAUUCGCGAACGAUGUUACGCGGGCGGACGCCAUUUCGGUUUCUCGACGCGUGUAAAUAGCUGUCGAUGACAUUUUACAGAGACGUAGCGGUGUAACAAUGUACUUACUACUUCACUUCUAUUUGCACCUUUUAGUUUUCUUGCGAGCAUACGGAACCGAUUACAUGUAUUAUUAUUGUUGUAAGUUAUACGUGAAUAAAACAAAAAGGCAAUAAAAAAUGUGUACCCUG